GUGUACCAGUUCGAUUUGAGUUCCUUUCUACCAGGAUCCGUGAUAGGAUUGUGGUGGUCUACCUCUAUUAUCAGUUAGAUGGUGGGUUUAUUCAAGCUUAUUACUAUUCAAGAAGAAGCUCUUGGUCUAUUGGGAAUUAACAUCAUGAAACAUGAGGGGGAUAAGGUUCAUAUGUUCCAUUGAGCUCGUGAGACAUGGGCAUUGUAACAAGUGUAUAAUAUUAUAGUGGAAAAUAGGUUGGGAAAAUUGUUUUCUAUUUGCAUUUCCUAACAUAAUUUUGUUUCUCAAAACAAUUGAACACCUUUAUUACACCAUUUUCAACAAAGCUUUUUUUUUUUCAUUAUUAUUGAAAAAAUUGAAGGCAUAAAUCCAACAUUUCAACUUUAAUCAUGUUUCAAAAAAUGCCCUACAUAAGGUAAUUUUAUAGACAGAAAGCCCUUGCCCUUCAGUGUCCCUGAAAUUAUAUAAACUCCCAGUGCCUCCACCAUGGAUGAAAAGGUUGAAUGUUGGCUACAUCUUAAUAUUUUUGAACUGAUAUACAGUGGUGAGAACUAAUUAGAAGCCAGCAGUCUAAAUUUCUGCAGAAAAUUCUUCUGAUUAGUCCUCAACUCAUAGCUAUGUAUAGCAGAAACAGCCAAAACCCUCCACCAACCUCUUCCCGUCCAAGCUCUAUUUAAAGGCUGUAACUCUUUGUGUAUGUGUGCAAGAGAAUUGAGAUAUAAAAAAUAGGGAAAGAGAGAGAGAGAGAAGAGAAGUUUGCUGCCAUGGCCAAUUCUACAGUCCUUAAGCUAGCAUGCACUGUAGUUCUUGUGUGCUUGUUGGUAACUGCUCCUCAGGCAGAUGCCACGGUAACAUGCAGCCAGGUGACACAGCUGCUGAACCCUUGUGUCAACUACCUAAUCUAUGGGGGGGCGAUACCUUCCUCCUGUUGUGCUGGUGUAAAGCAGGUUAAAGCAGCUUCCAAGACUGGAGAAGAUAGGAGAACUGCAUGCAGCUGCAUCCAGGAUGGUGCUGCAAUGAUCCCUGGAAUCGACUAUAACCUCGUCGCCUCCCUCCCAUCUCAAUGUGGGGUUUCCUUGCCCUACAAGAUCAGUCCCUCCACUGACUGCUCAAGGAUCAACUGAGUCUUCAAAUCUGGAAAUGGAUUCCUAAUGAUGAGAGAAUAAAGAUUUGUGGGAAGAAGGUUGUGACCCUGGAAAGCUAGUGUCCAUUUCCAUUGUUCGAAGCCUGCCUUCUCGUAGUUGUAUUUGAAAUUCAAUCAUGUAAUAAAAUCGUGGUCCGUGUGGAAUGCAUGUUCCGCCUCAUUAUGAUCAUGUGGUUCAAUAAAAGACGAAAUUUUGUUACAAA